AUGGUCCAGACAUUUGUGAGUGAUCUACACAAAAUUUAUAAAUCUGCAUCAGCCACAGAUGGACUCUCUGCAUCUUCGUUUAUAGAUUAUCCAAACUAUAAGCCGUUCAUUAAUUCUGAUUUGCUGCGCUCCCCACGGAAACCUGUCAUUCCAUAUCCGGAAAGUAACAGCAGAGCAAUAUUUUCUGCUCUGAAGAAUCUCCAGGAAAAAAUUCGUCGGCUGGAGUUGGAACGGCUUCAGGCAGAGGAGAAUGUGAAGCACCUCAGCAGAGAAACAGCAGACUAUAAAAAAGUGCUAACUGAACAAAUGCAACACAAAGACCAUGACAAGACUGAAGUGUCAAAGAAAAAUCAAGAACUGGCUUCCCAGCUGGCAGCUGCUGAGUCUCGUUGCAGCCUUUUAGAGAAGCAGCUGGACUACAUGAGAAAAAUGAUCCAGCAUGCAGAAAAUGAGAAGACUCAUCUCUUGGAGAAACAGGGUACCUUAGAAAGAGAUCGCCUUGACCAAUCACAUGUCCAAUCCAAAUUGGAAAAGCUGGAUAUGCUGGAAAAAGAGUACACCAGGCUUAACACAAUGCAGUCCCUAGCAGAGAAAAAAAUGAAAGAGCUGGAACAGAAGCUCCAGGAGGAAGAACAUGCAAGGAAGCUCGUUCAGGAAAAAGCAGCUGAGCUUCAAACAGGUCUGGAAACCAACAGAAUUUUAAUUCAAGCAGCCUCGCCAUUACUCUCUCCAAAAGCAAGACGACCCAGGAAGAAAACCAAGCAGCCAGAUAAGAAGUGCCCUCUUACCAGCCAUCUCCCUACGCAGCCCCAUUACAGACUGUCUCUGGGUGAUGUCCCCUUUGUAGCUGGGAAGUCUACUAGCCCCAGCCAUUCGGUCGGUGCCAACGUGCAGCACGUGCUGCACCUGAUGAAGCAGCACACCAAGGCGCUGUGCAACAGCCGUGUGGUCAAUGAUGCUCCCCUGGCAAAACCCAUCAGUAGUGCCCGUCCUGCCAGCAAAAGCCAAAGGUCAUCAGUGCCAAAGGAGUCAUCCUCAUCCCAGGAGGAGCUCUCGGAAGUGCUGCUGACUUUACAAGAUGAAUUUGGGCAGAUGAGUUUUGAUCACCAGCAGCUGGCCAAGCUCGUGCAGGAAGCGCCCACGGUCGGUGUGAGGGAAGAACUUGAGCGAGAGCUGGAGGCGCUGGUGGGAAGGAUGGAGGCCAAGGCGGAGCAGAUCAGCAAGGUGCGGAGGCAUCGGGCACGGCUAGAGAGACUUAAGAGAGAAUGCAAGUCCAGAAAGACUUCAGCCAAGCAGAUGAAGGACAGCAGGCUUCCUGUUAGUGAGGUCAAAGUGACAACUACGGUGACCACAAAAGGAAAGGACGCCGGUUCCAUCAAAGUCCGACCUGGAGAGAAGAGUCGGAAGAACCUGCAGCUGUUGAGGGACAUGCAGACCCUGCAGACAUCACUGCAGAGAGACGAUAUCAGCUGGGACUACUGA